UAGAUCUCGAAGGAUGUUAUCUAAUCCAAGCCUUGUUUUGUGUACUCCAAUGUCAUCUAUAUAUACGAAUAUAUAUAUAUUCAUCAAUACUUCGUCAUAGGUAUUGUUAAUCAUGAAAGUCGCAUUAGUGGUUCUUGCACUCUUCGGAGUAGCUCUAGCAGCAUCCAUUGACAUAAGUGAAAUCCCAGAAUUCAAGAACAUCCAUGUGGAACCGAUCAACCAACCAGAAGAAGAUGAUACUCCUUCGCUACAAAUCAUCAACGGCCAAGAAGCUGUUCCUCACUCUAUUCCUUACCAAGUCUACUUAGUCGGAAAAGGAGGAGGAUCUAGUUGGUCUUGCGGUGGAUCUCUCAUCACCGAAAGAUACGUCCUCACUGCUGCUCAUUGCCUUCAGGGGGCUUCAUCUAUUCUUGUCACUCUCGGGGCUCACAAUCUCGUCAAACCUGCUGAAGGUUCUUUGACUAUACGUGGCAAGACAUGGGUCUUUCAUGAGAAAUUCGACGAUAGACAAAUAGACAACGACAUUGGUGUCAUUCAAUUGGAUAGGGCUGUAACCUUGACAGAAAGCAUCCAAUUGGUUCGUCUUCCUUCUCUAAGCGACGUUGGAAUCAAUCUCGAAGGGCGCAAUGCAAGAGUGAGUGGUUGGGGUCUGACCGACGGAGCAGCUGGCAGCACUACCAAUGUUCUUCGCCAAGUGAAUAACACCAUCAUCUCUAACAGCGUAUGCGAGAAGUCGUUCGUUAUACUGAAAGAUACUGAAGUUUGUCUCUCGAGCGCUGGUGGUCGCUCUGCUUGUAAUGGUGACUCUGGUGGUCCACUGGUCAUCGAUAAUGUUCAACAUGGGCGCAAUGCAAGAGUGAGCGGUUGGGGUCUGACCGACGGAGUUUCGAGCACCACUACCACCGUUCUUCGUCAAGUCAAUAAUACCAUCAUUUCUAACGGAGUAUGCGGAAAUACUUAUGAAAUAUUGAAACCUACUGAAGUUUGUCUCUCAAGCGCUGGUGGUCGCUCAGCUUGCAGUGGUGACUCUGGUGGACCAUUGGUCAUCGAUAAUGUUCAACAUGAACCCAUCAACAAACCAGAAGUUGAUCCCUCGCUGGAAAUCGUCAACGGUCAAGAAGUUGUUCCUCACUCUAUCCCUUACCAAAUCUUCUUAGUCGCAAGUGCCGGAGGAUCUAGUUGGUCUUGCGGUGGAUCUCUUAUCACCAAAAGAUACGUCCUCACUGCUGCUCAUUGCCUUGAUGGGGCUAAAUCUAUUCGCGUUACUCUUGGAGCUCACAAUCUUGCAAAACAUGAGGCAGGUACUGUGACCGUGAAUGGCAGGUCCUGGGUCAUACAUGAGAAAUACGACAGCACGAACAUAGACAACGACAUAGGAGUUAUUCAACUGGAAAGGAAUUUGACCUUGACAAGAAACAUUCAAUUGGUUCGUCUUCCAGCUCUUCGUGACGUUGGAGUCAAUCUCGAGGGUCGCACAGCAACAGUGAGUGGUUGGGGCUUGACCAACGGAAUUUUCCAGACCACCACCGACGUUCUGCGCAAAGCCAACAACACCAUCAUCUCCAACAGAGAAUGCAACGAUGCGUUCGGAAUAGUGCAACCUACUGAAGUUUGUCUCUCAAGCGCUGGUGGUCGCUCUGCUUGCAGUGGUGAUUCUGGUGGCCCACUGGUCAUCGGUAAUGUUCAACAUGAACCCAUCAACCAACCAGAAGUUGAUCCCUCGCUGGAAAUCGUCAACGGUCAAGAAGUUGUUCCUCACUCUAUCCCUUACCAAAUCUUCUUAGUCGCAAGUGCCGGAGGAUCUAGUUGGUCUUGCGGUGGAUCUCUUAUCACCAAAAGAUACGUCCUCACUGCUGCUCAUUGCCUUGAUGGGGCUAAAUCUAUUCGCGUUACUCUUGGAGCUCACAAUCUUGCAAAACAUGAGGCAGGUACUGUGACCGUGAACGGCAGGUCCUGGGUCAUACAUGAGAAAUACGACAGCACGAACAUAGACAACGACAUAGGAGUUAUUCAACUGGAAAGGAAUUUGACCUUGACAAGAAACAUUCAAUUGGUUCGUCUUCCAUCUCUUCGUGACGUUGGAGUCAAUCUCGAGGGUCGCACAGCAACAGUGAGUGGUUGGGGCCUCACCAACGGAAUUUUCCAGACCACCACCGACGUUCUUCGCGCAGCCAACAACACCAUCAUCUCCAACAGAGAAUGCAACGAUGCGUUCGGAAUAGUGCAACCUACUGAAGUUUGUCUCUCAAGCGCUGGUGGUCGCUCUGCUUGCAGUGGUGAUUCUGGUGGCCCACUGGUCAUCGGUAAUGUUCAACAUGAACCCAUCAACCAACCAGAAGUUGAUCCCUCGCUGGAAAUCGUCAACGGUCAAGAAGUUGUUCCCCACUCUAUUCCUUACCAAAUCUUCUUAAUCGCAAGUGCCGGAGGAUCUAGUUGGUCUUGCGGUGGAUCUCUUAUCACCAAAAGAUACGUCCUUACUGCUGCUCAUUGCCUUGAUGGGGCUGAAUCUGUUCGCGUUACUCUUGGAGCUCACAAUCUUGCAAAACAUGAGGCAAGUACUGUGACCGUGAAUGGCAGGUCCUGGGUCAUACAUGAGAAAUACGACAGCAGGAACAUAGACAACGACAUAGGAGUUAUUCAACUGGAAAGGAAUUUGACCUUGACAAGAAACAUUCAAUUGGUUCGUCUUCCAGCUCUUCGUGACGUUGGAGUCAAUCUCGAGGGUCGCACAGCAACAGUGAGUGGUUGGGGCCUGACCAACGGAAUUUCCAAGACCACCACCGACGUUCUCCGCGCAACCAACAACACCAUCAUCUCCAACAAAGAAUGCAACGAUGCAAUCGGAAUAGUGCAACCUACUGAAGUUUGUCUCUCAAGCGCUGGCGGUCGCUCGUCUUGCAGUGGUGAUUCUGGUGGCCCACUGGUCAUCGGUAAUGUUCAACAUGGUAUUGUGUCCUACGGACCUUUAUACUGCAUGUCCGCUCCAUCUGUUUUCACCAGAGUCUCGUCUUAUCUCAACUGGCUGAUUAGUCACUCAGAAUGGAGGCCAGAAGAGAUAAGGUUGGAUUAA